CGCCAGUAGGUAUUAUUAUUAUACAGAGGAGGUGGUCUGUGUGCGCAGGCACUGUAACAGAAUUAAUCGUUGUAGGCAAGUCACCGCACUCGAGAAUCCGGAAGCUGGUAUUCACGAGAUGCAACGACUUUGUCGAGGCAGUUCAAAUGAAGCUCAGUACUCACAAGGGAAUGUGGUGUAGUCUGCACUUGAAGGCUAGACCUCAACACUUGCACGGAUGGGUGUUCGGUAGGAUUUAUAUCGCGGAAAGGUAGUAAUAAAAUCAGCCUGACCAUGGAGGCUAUGAUUUGUAAAUUUUCAAAUGUAAACCUUUUGAUUUUAUGCGUAUUAUGCGUUAUGGUCCACGGUGUAAGAUUCGUCGAACAGCCUAUAGGAGUAACCGUUGUGGAGGGAGAAACUUUUGUAUUGCGUUGUGUAGUGGAGGAUAAAGGAACUAACAAUAUUUUUUGGAAGACUAUGGAUUCUGAUGUGUUACUAAGUAGGGAUACCGAAAUCGACCCUUACAAUAAAUCGUCUACGAAGGAACUAGGAAGAUAUUCAAUAGUCGGGGAUCCGGGAGCAGGGGAAUAUAAUUUACAGAUUGCUAAUGCAAGUCGAGAGGAUUCUGGUCGUUACUCAUGUUUAUUUUUUUCGUCCUUUAACCAAUAUUCACGAAUUGCUACUGUAAAGAUAAUGGUCGCACCUGAUGCGGGAUAUCCGAAAUGUAGCUUCCAUCCAGAAGGAGCUAUAGCCGGUGAUACUGUGCGGUUAACCUGUAGAUCGUCCGGAGGGGAUCCGCCAGCAAGACUGGUCUGGGUCUCCGGGACUGUAAUAUUACGGAUGUACAUGCCACAAAAUCCGAACCCUGUUAAUGAAGUGAGCUACGUAUUGAAGGCCGAAGACUUGAAUAAAAAGUUUACGUGCGCAGCGACUACGCCAGCUUUAGUGGACGCAUUGAGCUGUAGUGUUGUGCCAUAUCGCAAAAAAGUUUUCGUUUUAGUUCAGCCCGUUGCAAAUCGAGUAAUGGAAGGAGAAUAUGCUAAUUUUCGCUGCACGACACAAAAGAAGAAAUCAGGGACAAUUCGCUGGGUUAUUGGUUCAUCCCCAGUCGAUCCGUCCGAUUCUAGGUUUUCAAUAACACGGAAGGGGAAAAGACUUCGGAUAUUAGAAACUACGCGGAAAGAGCAUAAUAACGUGCUAGUUUUAUGUCAGGUUUUAGAUAAAUUUGGUGUAGCCGGCAACGGGAGCGCGAUUUUAUUUGUCGAAUCAUGGGGAACAACACCAGCGGUUAUGACCACUGAUUUAGCGACAGACGUACAGGUAAUUGCACUAGAGUCUAACUCUGAGGUUAGUUUAGUGACGACAAUGGAACCAGUGCUAUCAACAAAUAAGGUGUCGACAAAUAUAAGCAAUAGUGUUGUGCCUUUUGGAACUGACGAAUCACUUUUAGCACAUUCUACAAUUAAGAAAGCUAAGGAAAGUUACAGCGAAACGGUGACGAAAACACCAUUAGUAGUGACAACACGGAAGGCGAUGACAGCUCAACCUUUAACAAGCAACGCCACAAGGAUGAAUAAUUCCGUCUCAUAUACUACCACGUUAGUAAAAAAUGUUGCAAACGAAUUAUUCACAACGGUCAGUGAUGAGACAUCAACAAGGCGACAAGCAAAUAACCAGGACGCAAGUGUUACCCCUAAAUUAUUGGUAACAAUGACAACAAAACAAGUGACUAAAAGAACUGAAUCGUUCGAAAGCACACGAUUAAUGGCAAAAUCUACAAUUGCAUCAAAUUUUGGUAUAUUAUCGUCUGCCUUGGGCAAUGUUCAGACAACAAGACUUACGUCGUCUGGUGUCUCAAUGGAGAUGAAACCAGACGACGAACUCUACAGCACAAAGAAAAAUGUUCACAACACGAAAGAUCGAACAGAUAUUUCAAACAACAUUGUCACUAAGGGAACCAAACAAAACAACUUCGUUUCUCAAAACGCAAUUGAUAUUUUCAUAAACAAAGUCGAUUUUGUUACGGAGAAUAUUACUGAGUCUAAUGAGAAUAAACUACCUAACGACAGUUCAAGCAAGCAAGCCGCGAGCAACAAUGAUGACUUGGGCAGUGACGAGCAACUUGGGACUUCAAUGAAUGUUUUAAUUCUAGGCCUAGUCGGUUUGGUGAUUUUAAUUAUUAUUAUCGUUAUUGUUCUAAGUAUAAUUUACAUUAAACGUCGCCGGGAGACAAGCGAAAUAAAGGCAGUAUAAUAGUCAAUUUGUUAUACUACUUUGAUACGGUAACCCACUUAGCAUCUGUUUCUAUUCGUUAACAUAAUCAUGCAUCAAUUGAACAGACAAUUAUACAGUAUUUGGAAAUUGGUGGUUUGUAAAAUGUUACACUUAAUAGUUUUGAACGGGACCUGGUUUCAUGAACAAUCCGAUAAUGCCAGUGAUAAUGAACAACAUUGCAUCUGAAGGCGUGUACGAACAGACCAAACGAUUUUUUUUCUCUAUCACACAUGUUAAAAAAGCAAAUCUGGCAACAACAAAAAAACAAAAAAAAAAAAACA